GACUCUUUGCACACGUCGUGCUUGCAACAUUGCAUUGUAAAGUGUUAACUUCGCGUGUUUCCCUUUGUUCUCUUUGCAUAACCUCUCCUUGCUUUACUUUGCGUGUCUACAAUCUACAGAAACGUCGCACUUCGGCGCAUGUAAAAUUCCAGCCUCUGUGUGUGCUCGAGAUAUAAUUUCGGGAGGCCACACAAUGUAUAUCCCCGAGCAUCGUGAUGUUGGAUGAGCUAAUGAUAGUCGGGGAAGACAUCGAUAUGUGUUCUAGUAUGUUCAGUAUGGCUGGCGAGGGAAGCUCUAGCCUCUGGAACAACAGUGCAUUUUCAGGGUCUUAUACGCCUUCUCCUGGACCCUCCUUGGCAAAUAUGAUGUCACCCGAGGCAGAUUCGUUCUCACCACCCCCAGUGCAAGUCCCGCAGCCUCAAUUCAGCUUGUUCCAGCAGGGCGCAUAUAUGCACGAAAACCAAGCCUUGCGAGAGCGUUGCGGAAUCUUGGAAGCACAAGUCACCAAACUCUCCAUUGAACGUGAUACUAUACAGGCAAUGUUUCACCAGCUCGCCUCCUCUGUGUGCCUUGACGAAGCUGUGGAGUCUCUUGGCUCCAAAGGCACGCACCUAUCACUGGCAGCACCCUGCACCAGUAACACCAAACAGCCGACUCGUGAGACACAUCCCAAGGUCAAAUUUUGGAACCAGGACGCAUUCUUGGAUUGGGCGGAACGAGCUAGCGCACAAGGGCUUCAUCGCGGGAAAAUUCCUUACCUUGAAGGCGAAAACGGAGAACCGGUCCCUGAAGCAACAGUCAAAGCUAUUCGCAAGACCCUGCGUGGAGGAUGGUCAGAACUCGUAAAUCGCCAAUUUGCUCCGAAGUCACGAGGAAGCAGCUGCACUCGUCGCUACCGAUACAUGGACCAAAGCUGUCUCCCAAGGACGACUUUAUUAGAUUCAGCACCAUCCGAUCCUGCACCAUCCGACAUAUGCAUUUCCUACAAUGUUUUCGAGUGUUUUCGAGCCGCUGUCCGCACAUGUCAUGUUUUCAAGCCGCUAUUUUGCCUAAUAUUAUUUGAGCAUAUUUGCGCACAUUUUCAACCGUCUGGCAAGGGGAGCGAGAUAUUAUUCAAGCAUAUUUGCGCACAUUUUAGACCAUUUGGUAAGGGAGCGAGUAUAUACGUUCAAAUGCGCAAAUAUGUUUUACAUUGA